CAUAGUAUAGUCACACCCACUCGAUGAGGAGCUGUUCGGGUGGUUUCGGUUAGAAUUUGGGAAACCGCUGCACACCAAAGAGAGCAGGCGCACCGAAUUCCCAAGAACCAAAGCCAGAGAUAGGAUCACUAAUUAGGAAUUUCCCUACUGAAAAGAGAACAACGAAUCAUUUUCCCGUUUCUUUUCCAAAAUGGACGCACAUAAAGUUUUGCAGAGUUUUUCUGUCACUUUCUGAGGCACGUUUUCUCUCCGGAAAGUAAGCAUUUUGGAAAACAAUAGCGGAAAAUUUGGGAAUACCAUAGUGGGAGAAGUUUCCAGCAAUGCAGCAGUUACAUCCACUAACACUCGGAGCGCGCAUUAAAAGCAGAAGUUCUCCUCAGGAACUAGUGCUGGACGGAGGGAAUAACAGUUUGGUUUUAUAACUUCUCUUCGCCCUCUCCUCCUCUUUUCUCUCCUCAGCCUCAGCCUCUGGAGUCUGAAAGAAAGUGGAUAAGCGACUUAUGCGGAUAAAAUUUCUUCCAAACGCUUGAAGUCGAAGGUUUUGAGACCCCGGAGAUACAGAAUACCCCAUCUGAACUUCGAGAGAUUGUAAAAGAAAGGAAUGCUGAGCAGAAGAGGCGCAUGGAGAGAUGCUGUUUCUUCUACCAUGGAUCUAAAGUGCACUUUAGCGGGUGUAGUGCUUUUGCUUCUGUGCUUGUGUCCAGGUUUCAGUCAAGAACUCAAUCCAAAGGGCAGGAACGUGUGCAAAGUUUCAGGGUCAGCAGGGUUUACGUGUUGCAGUGGAUGGGCACAGCAAGGCGAUGAGUGUUUAACGCCUCUCUGUGAAGGUAACUUCACGUGUAAUGAAAACGAGGUUUGUGUCCGACCAAACGAAUGUCGCUGCCGUCAUGGAUAUUUCGGGGCAAGUUGUGACACAAAGUGUCCGCCUCAGUUCUGGGGUCCAGACUGUAAAGGCAUGUGCACAUGUCACCCUAACGGUAAGUGUGACGACGUGACCGGGAAGUGCACAUGCUACUCAAACCGCUGGGGCGAGAACUGCGAGUACCCCUGCAACUGCCAGAGAGGAAAGUGUGACCAGGAAACGGGCAAAUGCACCUGCCAUGUGGGUUUCUGGGGGCCGCAGUGCAACAACAACUGCUACUGCAGCAUCAACUCAGUGUGUGACCAAAACACAGGCCGCUGCAUUUGUAAUCCCGGCUGGUUCGGGAGAAACUGCGGCGCUCAGUGUACGUGCAAUAAUUCACCCUGUGAGCAGUUCACAGGCCGCUGCCAGUGCCGAGAGAAGCUUUGGGGUCAACGCUGCGAGCGGCAGUGCCAGUGUGGGCAUGGAAAGUGUAACCAGGCGGAUGGAUCAUGCACCUGUAAACCCGGAUACAGGGGGAAGCUGUGCCGUGAACCAUGUCCAGCUGGACUGUAUGGACAGAACUGCAGGAACAAAUGUGGUCACUGUAAAGGUCAGCAGCCCUGUAAGGUGACGGAGGGUCACUGUGAGACCUGUGAAAGUGGCUGGAACGGGACCAAAUGUGAUCAAAUCUGUGCAGGGGGCUACUUCGGAGAGAACUGUAAAGAUCAGUGUCCACCAUGCAAAGAUGGUCACUUCUGCAACCGCAUCGAUGGAAAGUGCUCACACUGCAACCCCGGCUGGAUUGGAGACCGCUGUGAGGUUCGCUGUCCUAACGGCACAUAUGGAGAAAACUGUGAGAAAGACUGCAGUCAUUGCUUUAACGGAGACUGUCAUUUCGCCACAGGAGAGUGUCUGUGCGACCCGGGAUUCUACGGGACAUACUGCAACCUGACCUGUGAGUUGGGUCAUUUCGGAGUGAACUGUGCCCAGGACUGUCUAUGUCAUGACAAAAACUGCAACCCAGUAUCCGGAGCCUGCAACUUAUAUCCUAAUCAGCGGAUGGGAGUAAUAGCUGCAGGAACGCUGGUCACAUUCCUGCUGGUGGUUCUUCUGUCUCUGCUGUGCUGCUGCUUCCUCUGUAGCAACAAACACAACCGCAACCCCGACCAGGAAAACUCCACCAACAGCAAGAAGGCCAAAAUAAUCCUCUGUGGUGGAUUCAGUCGAAUCAGCACCAAACUUCCCAGAAUCCCUCUGAGGAGACAGAAACUACCCAAAGUCGUCGUCACCCACCACGAUCCUGAAAACACCUUCAACAGUAUCAUCGAGCCUCCAUCUGUGGUGGACCAGCCUUCUCCGUCAUGGUCAUCCCAGGAGUCUUUCUCUUCCUUCGAGAACAGCGAAGACGGGCCGGUUUACUGCGUACCCCAUGAAGAGACUACAAACGAGAGCUGUGAAAAGCGAAGUUCUAGUGCCGCUCUAGAAAUAUCACCAACACCUAAUGAGGACGACGCAGGCGAGUACACAUCCCUCAAAGACACAAGAGAACCCACAAAGCCGUUUGUAAGCGAUGGGACGGAGCAGCCUCUGCUCAAGUCUUCAGACAGCGAGUGCUCCACCAGCGGUUCUGAGUCCACCAUCGCAGCCGUUUACGCCCAUGUCGCCCGCCUUUCCAAACACUCCAAAGAGGAUUACGACAGCGGCGCACCAGAGAAGACCAAAGAGAAGACCAAACCUCGUCCUCCAGACCCGUCCACCAAGCCAAAGGUGUCCUGGAUCCAUGGAACAUCCGGAAACAACCCACCAGAGACUCCUUCACCACAAAAAGAAAAGAAGAACAGCUCAGAAGGUUCAGGAAAGGGUGACGAGAAGCAGAGAUCGAAGGAGAGAUCAAGCAAGAACCGGGAAAAGCAUCAGGAUAAUAAAAAAGCAGAUGAAUCUCCUAGCAAAAGCAUCUCUCACAAAGCUUCGGACACCAUUGAGCAUCUCAACGGAACAUUCCAGAACGCCCUGAAGAAGAUCGGAAACUUCCAUUCAGAUAAGAAAACUAAUGACGCCAAUAAAGAUCCACCCAAGAGCCCGAAAAUUAUGCAUCCGCACAUGAACUCUGAGGCCGCCACACUACUCGCCGCUCAGCUGAAGGAAAAAACCCAAAGCCUUAACCGAAAUGAGGGUCUCACAGUGGGCAUCAAACCCAACGGCGUCUCAACGCCUCAAGCCAACCGAGAGAAACCCACGCCACCUCAAAAAACCAAACGCUCCGCAACCGGGACCAACAAGCCCCUUCUUCCCACUUCCAGCAACCUCCAGAAGAUGGUGGCUCCUAUUUCAGACUCUACUCCUGAAGCCAAAAGCCCAGAAAAACAAGGGCUCAAUGGGACCAGAGUUGAAGGAGACGCCACACCCAGGAAAACACCCAUCAAAAAACCACCGAGGAAGAAAGGAAAGGAGGGAACGCCGGAGACGGAAGGCAAAACCACUCCAAAGACGGCCAUUAUGCCACCUCAGACUGUCAAAUAGAUCCAUUUUUGGUGCGUUCAGUUUUGAGAACGAUUACAAACAUACACUUUCUCUAAUCUUUUGUUUAAACUAUAUAGGAAUUGGAUGGAUUUUUGGUUUCUUUAUACAGACGAGCUGCUUACAGGAUUUAAUAUUUUGAAGGAUCGCGGUUCUCGCUAACUUUUUGAAGUCCUGGAAUCGGAAACAACGUCAAGGCUUAAUAAAAGGAAGAGUAAAUGCAUUUAAUAAGCUCAUUUUGUAUGCUCUCAGUUUCACAUAUGCAUUACUCCACCAAAUUUUCCAAAGCUUUGUUAAUUGUUUGAUCAGCAGGUUUGUUUGAGAAAGGUUUGUAUUUAGCACUGUAUUCAGAGGUGUAAAGUAUGAACCAAAGGUACUUUAAAGGUACAGGAGGAAUGAUGUAGAUAUCUCAGGCCAUAUACAUGUAUAUUCAAUUCAGUAAGUGAUGUCAUGAAGGAAACAGUUUGCUUUGUUUCAGUGACACUUAUGUUCGUCAACGCUGCAACUAGCAUCCUGCUUUUUAAGCUUAAAAUAAUUCUUGCUAAUCCACAGGGAUAAACAUAUACUUGCUGCUGAAUCUAAACAGUCAUUUUUACUUUGAGAUUAAGCUUGAUUUAAUUGUUCCCAUAAAGAGCUCAGUAAAGCUUUAGCAUCAAUGAAGAUUAAAUGAAGUAUCAACAAGAAUUACUGGGGCUUGGAAGUCCACUAAAGCCAGCUAAAAAUGCACAGCUAUGAGCACUCAGAAGCACUUCUGUGGUGCUACAUUUUUCAGGGAUGCACUGAAUUUAUUGGUCACUGAAAAUUAUCGUCUGCUAAUUAUUAUAAAGGCUGAUUUAUACUUCUGCAUAGAGUGAUUGCUGUGACCCACGCCGCAUGCCUUGCGCGUAGCCGUGCAUUAAUACUUCUGCAUUCUGUUUGUGUUGCUCUGCAAUAACUCUUCCAAAACAAUACCUGGCAGCAGGUUAUGUUCCUCUGGGUCGAGUUUCUUCCUGAGUGUUUUGUUUUUUCUGAAUGCUACCUUAAUGUACAAGUAGCUAAAACUUGCUCAUUUAGAAGCAGGAACCAGCAGACGUGCAACAACUUUAGUCAAAGUAAACACAAAACAGAAUUAUUCAUCUGAAGCUCCUUUACAGGACUCCAUAAAUACUCCUACUGGCUUGCUGCUCUCCCACGGCUAUCGGCCCACCAACACUCAUCAACGCUACCAAGCCAACCAAUCACAGAGCUUGUGCUAUGCGUCGUCACAACAUGUAGUUACAUGUGCACCAGCAGUGGCAUCAGCCAUGGCGAAAAGUAUGCGACUGCAUGAAGGCUCUGCUGGACCAUCCGCGAGCACUCAAUGCAAAAGUAUAAAUCAGUUUAUAGUCAGAUCACAUUUUCAGCCAAUAAGUUUUGGUAACCGAAAAAACAAAAACACCAAAAAAUAUGGGCCAAAAACUGCUAUGAUUUUUUAUUUUUAAAUUAGAAUAAUAAAGUGAUUUAAAUUUUUUUUUUAAUAAAAAGUGGCUUAUAUUAUUUAAUAAAAUGAUAAUCAAUUUUCAGUUUUGGCCAAGAAUUUUAAUUUCAGUGUAUCCCUAGUUGUUGUUUACAUUGUGAACAAGUUCACUUAAAACAUCCUGAAAAGUGAAGCCAAAAUAUGUUAUAUUCCCCCUAGUGGCUGGCUGCAGUAUUUGAUAUCAGAUACUGCAUACUCCAUUAUAAAAGAGUGCUUUUUAAAUCAUAUACAUCAUGAACUUCAAAAAAAAAAAAGAUGUCACACUGCACUUUUCUCCCCAUAGAUUUCCAUUCAUUCGCACAAGAAUAGAGCAGACCUGAAACACAAGCUUGUGCGACAAGUUUCGCAGUUUGCUGCAUUGGAAAGUUCACGCUUGGUGAACUCUGACCUGCGAAAUCACAUCACAUGACUGCGUGAGACCAAUUGAAGAUCAAAACAUGAACUCACUGUACAGAAGUUUAAAAUAUGGACCAAUCACUCAUAUUUUUUUUUUUAUGUCCAAUAGUCUUGUUUAAUUCCCUCCCUUUCCUCAGCAACUUACGACAGAACUUUGCAAGCUCAAACUCUAGUGUGACUGUGGCAUAAGUACGACAGUCAAACCACUUAUCCGAAAUUUCAUUGACAAUCGUAAUGGUUUAUUUUGGGUGAAUUAAUGGGAGCCCUGGGGAUCGAAGAGAGGCUGGAUUGACCACCCACCCCCACCCUCUAGAUCCGAAGUUUGUUUUUCUAAUGUUUUGAUGCUAUAAAAACAGAGUUUAGUAGAGUUGGCAGUUUUUCGAGAACAUACCCCCUCACUUGUAAUCAACACAGAACAGGCUCCAAACUACUUUUAACAUUUUUGGCUUCACUUUUUAUUGACUUCCGACAUAGCAGCACUUCCAUUGGAAACAAUUAAAAUCAACAAAAUCAUUCUCUGGAAUACAAAUGCUUUGGUGGACACAGGGCCUAAGUCCAUUUAUGCUGGCAUUCAGGCUGUCUAUAUGCUAUUAUUAGUUCCAAAAAAUUUAAAUCACGCUUAAAUGAUUAGUUCAUCAAUAACCACCUUAUAUCUCAAUCAUUAAGCUUUCUUGCAGGUCUCACAUGCUUAUCUGUAUGUGACCAAAGGCGCAUAGUAACUUUGGCAUUAAAAAUGAGCAUAUUAGGAAAUAUUUGUUAUAUAUAAUUGCCAAAACACAGUACCUGACAAGUCAUUGAUCCCAGUUGUAAGAUUAAUAAAUAAUAACUUGACUUCUAGUUGAUCAUUUGGAAAAGUGGCUGAAGGUAGAUUUUUCUGAUGAAUCCUCUGUUGAACUGCAUCCCAAUCAUCACAAAUACUGCAGAAGACCUGUUGGAACCUGCAGGGACUCAAGAUUCUUACAGAUAUCAGUCAAGUUUGGUGAAGGAAAAAUCAUGGUUUGGGGUUACAUUCAGUAUGGGGGCGUGCGAGAGAUCUGCAGAGUGGUUGACAGCAUCAACAGCCUGAGGUAUCAAGACAUUACAUUACAAGUCACAGAAGAGGGCAAAUUCUUCAGCAGGAUAGCGCUCCUUCUCAUACCUCAGCCUCCACAUCAAAGUUCCUGAAAGCAAAGAAAGAAACAUGAAAGACAUGAAAAUUAUUGAGCAUGUCUGGGGUAAGGUUAAGGAUGAGGCACUGAAGAUGAAUCCAAAGAGUCUUGAUGAACUCUAGAAGUCCUGCAAGAACGCUUUCUUUGCCAUUCCAGAUGACUUUAUUAAUAAGUUAUUUGAGUCAUUGCAGAGAUGUAUGGAUGCAGUCCUCCAAGCUCAUAAGAGUCAUAGACGAUAUUCAUUCUUUUCCCACUGCACUAUGACUUUAUAUUCUAUACUGUACAUUAUUUCUGUAAAGUGACAAGACUUUUGUCUAAGCAAAGUCAGACCUUACUGUCCUAAUUAAGUAAUUCAAAAUUAAGGCAUGAUCAUAUUUUAUUUUGCUAAAAUAAGCAUAAUCUAGAGGCCUUUGCCUUUCAUAUAAGCCAUUUCUGACACCAAGUGAUCAACUAAAAGUCAAGCUAUUAUUUGUUGUUCCUAAAACUUGGAUACACUCUCAGAAAUAAAGGUACACAAGCUGUCACUGGGGUGGUACCUUUACAAAAGCAACAAAUGUGUACCUAAAAGGUCCAUAUUAAUACCUCAAGGGUACAUAUUAGUACCUAAAAAGAACAAAAAAGUGUACCUCUUAAAAUUUGUAGGUACUAAUACAUACUUUUGAGGUUCCAAUAUGGACUCUUCAAGUACAAAUAUGUACCUUUUGAAAAGGUGCCACCCCAGAGACAGCUCAUGUACCUUUAUUUCUGAGUGUAGGCGACAAGACUUUUGUCAAAAGACAAGACUUUUGUCAAAAGUAUAAAUAUAUGGGACAAAGGUGAAAAUGGGCACAAGCAUGACAAGAAUGAGUGUAAUACAGCCAAGCAAACAAAUUAUCACACAUUUUGACCAUGUUUUACAGAAUACAUUUGCUGAAAUUACAUUCAGUGUAACUUAUUAAUUAAUAGUUACUAUUAACUAUUGAUUAAUAGUUAAUAUCCUUUGGGGGGGGGCAUAUUUAAGAAUCUAGUGCAGCCUCAAUACAUGCAUCAGUUAUCAUUUUACAUCUUUAUACUUUGCCACUAUCAUUUAAACCACUAGAUUUUAGCCAUUUGUCAGAAAAAAUGUUUUAGUAAUUUAAAAGUAUAAAAUUUAGUUUGAGUGCUUAUAUAUUUAUAUACUGCUUUAUAACAAGUACAGGUAAGAAUUAAUACAUAUGUCGUUUCAUUUUUACAUUAAUAUAUCAGUUACGCUAAAUGACGAUGGAACAGAACAUUGUGUCACAAAAGAUUCGCUUUACCUGCAUGUAAAAUGCUUUCUGUGUAUAAAACAUCACUUUUGUUCAUUUAACGUUAAUGCAGACACUAAAACAGGCCAUCUCAUAUGUAGCGGUCGUCCUUACAAAUAUUAUUUACCAAAGAAGUGUUACUUAUCCUGCCGCAGAUACAAUCAGUAGGCCUGAAUGAUGCCAGUAUUAAUUCCUUAGCUUUUAUGAAUACAAUAAGAGUUCAUGGCUAUAAAAAUAAAUGGAUACAAUACCUGUUAUCGGUAUUGUGUUGAUUUAUUUAGCUGUGAAUUGCAUUAUGGGAUGUUGAUCUCUGCUCUGAUGACUUUUGAUGCUAAAAUUUCAACCCUACAGUUUAACAAAGUGACUUCUAUUGACAUUUUAGUAGUUUGACAUAAUAUAAAGAUAUAAUAUGUAGAGAAAUAAAUCUGUAAAAUAACAGAAAACGUACUGGGGGUUUAUUAUAAAGUUUUUGUAGCAUAACAUACAACAUUAACCCAGACAAUAUAUCACUUUAAACUAUAAAAAUGUUACUAAAAGUCACUUUUUUGAGCUUUUCAAGAUUAAGAAAUGUUGGAAGUAAGAUCUAGAUGCCAUAAUGCAAUUCAAGAGCAUAAAUAAAUGGAAAAAAAAUAAAUAGAACUAAUCAAAAACCCAGAAAACUGCUAAUAUGGAGAUAUUUUUUGUAGUGUAUUUAGUAUGUUUUGGUUUUGAUCUGAAACACCCCAGAGCACUUGCAAAUAUUUUAGCAUUGCACCAAAAUAAUUCUAAAAGAAAAUUAAGAAAUAAAUGCAGUAAUAAUUCACGAAAACGUAUGUGAAUGCUUACAUUUCAACAAAGAGCUGCGGAUUAAAUAUGCCUACAGCAUUUAUAGAGUUUUUUCUCUCACAAAAUCCAGAUUUGACAUUGUAGUGUACAGUAACUGCCAUUCCCUUCUUAUGGUACCUUCUAUUUUUCUACAUGCUAAGAUAUUUUGUAAUAAUAUUUGUACCUUCAUUGGUAAGCUGUGCUUAUACAACGUAUAUCUUGCUUUCUUUAUUUGUGUGUGUGUCAAAUGAACUGGUUUUCAAAUUUGAUUACAUUUCUCUUUCUUUGUUGUUGUUGUUUGUAUAAACAUCAGGUACAUUUGAUUUUUAUCAUUGAAAUAUCUCUCAACGUCUUCACGUUUCUCUGUGGAUGUUAUUGUUUUUUUUUUUAAUGAACGAUAAACUGCAUGAUGCAGAGGUCAGUGAUUGGUUAAAUAUCUAUGCAUGUUGUGUUUGUUCGUACUGCCUUUCUUUACAUACGACAAAAAAACGACUUGUCAUGUUUUUUUGCACGAAUCCACCACAUUACCAGCCGCAGUAUAAGAUUUACAGGAGUAUAAACAACAGAUUUUUGUCUGCUCUAGACUUUGGAGUGAGCUUUUGACUGGAGCUCGGCUUUAAAAAAAAAACAUUGAACAUUAUCAAUAACACACAUUAUGUUCAUUUAUUUUGUCCUGAUUGUUUGGAAUUUGUUUUGCUGAUGUGUGGUUGUUCAGUUACCGUAUUUGAAAUAAAAGCAAACCUGUAGCUCAUGAA